AGAGCGGGGCAGCAGGGGCGUUAGAGUCCUGAGGGAACAGGCUAAGCAGAAUCCCAUGAAGGAUGGCCAGGAUAAGAUUUCUAGGGAAUACUGGCCAGACACCCUUGGGAAGAGGCUUAAUUAGAUAACUCUGGAAAUGGAAAUGGCUUUCUAAGGACAAUCUAGACUUAGGGAAGGGGGUCACCUGGAGGCGGGUGUCCCAUGGAAAGCAUCGAGAUUGGGCUAGUUCCUUGCACAGAGCCUUGUGCCCGGGCCCCCAACCAGUCGCGUCAGAAGCUGCUAUACAGUGGAGCUUGAGUUAAGCAUUUUCAAGAUAGGGGCUUCAGCCUUGUCACCCAUUCAUUUCUUAGCAAGAUUUCAUUGGUCCUUGGAGUUUUAUUUAAAAAUCCACUCUGCACAGUCACUCUCUACAGUGACAGACUGUACCAGUGUUAUGAGAACUCAGUGUUUAACUUACUUCUGGGUCCUCUUUGCAGCACCAGCUGUUUGUAUGGACUCGUCAUCUAUACAGACCUGACUGUGACUGUGAAUAGCGGUUACUGACCAGUCUGGGCGGGGCCUGUGUCAAUAGCAUUGAGUCCUCAGUUGCUCACCUUUAGAGGAUCUAAGUCUUGAAGUCUCAGCAUUGUCUAGUAGGCAUAUGAAGACCCACCCUUCCUCUCCUGUCCCUGGGCUGUCUCUCGACUCCUACCGAAGUCCAGGCCUGGCUGACUGUCUUGGCUACCUGGUGUCUUUCUAAGUUGGGUUUUGGUGAGCCUCUUCAGUAGCCCCUAGAUGCUCAGAGUGGGAAUAUAUGGAGAAUCUUCAUAUCUGGAGACUAAUUCCUGAACCCCUGAGGGUGGCCAUUCCAGGAUGAAAGUGGUCAUUGAGAAUUGACAGCCAUGAAUCCAGUAGUUGUCUGCAAUCUGUGGGGGAAAUCUAGAGUGUGUGUCUCCAGGUGCUAAAAGACCACAUUGACGUGCUUUCUAGAGAUCUUUUUUUCCACAUUACUUUGCUUAGUAAAUCUCUGAAUGUAGAAUUAUGUCAGUGACAGCCCGUGGACCAGCCCCAAGAUGACACUUCGGUAUAUAGAGUUCUGUGUGAACCCCGGGACUGUCUUUCAGCCAGUAUUAGGCCUGUGGUGGCUCAGGGCCUCAAGCCUAAACCAGUCACUGCCCUUUGUAGAGCACAUGCGUGGACUCCAUACUGGAGGCUUGGAUCUGACUGCAUUUCCAGGACGCUAUCAUUUCUGCGUGUUGCCAGUAGCAGCUGGAAUUGACAAGCAUUAGUCUUUGGUGGCUUCCGUUGCUCGUGGUGAUGGCAGUGGUUGCCAGGAUAGUAGCAGUUGCUUGCCCUCUAGUGUUGAAGACCCUAAGCAUCUGCAGCCUUGGUCCUGCAAGGCUCCUGUGCUCCUCUACAUUCGGUAGCAGCCAGUGUUACAGUUCUUGUGUGUGGACGUCGAGAGUCCUUAGCUGUUGAUAGCAGCUGUUGUUACUGCUCCUCCUCACAGGGCCUCAGACCUUUGGCUUGAAAGGUUUGAUUGACGGCUCUCUGGGACUCUUCAGUGACCUGGGCCUGCAGUCACUCUCCUCUGGCUCUUUGCAAUCUUUUCUCUGUCUUCAGUCUCAGCUUGCUGUCUCUCUCUGUCUGCCAUCUUUCUUCCUGCCCAGGCUGUUGUUGCAUUGCUCAGCUGUUGCUUCAGCUGUCACAGCUGGCAGUCUCGCCUUCUCUGCAACUUUGGCUUGUCAGCUGCUCAGCUGCCGCUGCCACUGCAGUUCCACUGCCUCUGCUGACCUCUGCUGUCUCUCUUGCUACUUUCUCUGUUACCAGCCCAGCAUACACUACUGAAAGCAAGAAAAGAAAAUGGAGAGAAGCCUUUUCUUGGGCCUGCUGCUCCCACACUGGGGCAAAGCUCAGGAGAGUCUCCUCACAGCCUCAUUAAGUGAGCCUUCAUAGCCUGCUUGUGACCAAUAGGCUUGUUUGGACCAAUUACCGGCUUGCCUGUCAGCAACCUUUGUAAUGACUGAGGAUCAUGUUUUGGGCAGUCAUAACCCCACAUCUUUAGUAAUAGUUACAGCAGUCCCUCUUCUAGACUAUUGGGAAGAUGCUGUCCAUAUGAUCUACUUUGGAAGUGGUAGCAAGAUCAUCUACCCGAGACUUGUAAUGGCAAAAUGUCUGAUAAAAACCGUUUUAAACAACCCUGGUGGAAACUGCUGAUAGCAGGGCGCUCUGCUGUAUGAAAGUGCUGAUAUGGGGUUGUCUGGCUCCCUGCUUGUCAGUCCUUUUGCUCAGUGCAGCAAGGAAAAGCCAACACCUGCCAACUAGUCAAUCGCCCAUCCCCGACAUCUUUGCUUAUUCAUAAUAAACAUCAGGGCUGCCCGCCAAAAGAAUGUUAAAUAAAUAGUAGGACCCAGAACUAUCUAGGAAACAAAUCUUUAGGCAUGUCUGUGAGGGAGGUUCUAGGUUUGGAUAAAUGAGUGAGAAGACUUGUUCUGAGUGUGGGCGGCACCUUCCCAUGGCCUGGGAUCCUGCUCCGAAUGGAAAGGAGAAAAGGAGAAGACUCCCAGACUGUACGGAGGAGGCACCAAGCUUUCUCCUGGAGUGUGACAGCUCUGUGCUGGGCGCCCUGCAGAAGCACCUCACCGUGUACAAGAUCCGGCGGAAGGUCACUGUGGAGCCACAUCCAGAGUCCCACGUGUGGGCUGUGCUACCUUGUACCCCCCAAACGUCUGAGGCUGCGCCUCUAGAAGACAGGGUAGAAGCCACCACCAUGCUUCUCCGUGACCCCCGGACUGCACGUAUGGGGUGGCGGCUUCUCACCCAGGAUGACGGCCCAGCCCUGGUGCCCAGGGGACAGCUUGGGGACCUCCAAGAUUAUCACACGUACCGGUACCAGCAAGGCAUCCCCGAGGGAGUCUGUGAUCUUCCCCCAGGGAUGGCCCUACCCCUGGAGUCCAACCUGGUCUUCAUGAAUGGCGUGAGCUUCACUAAGGGCUGCUACAUCGGGCAGGAGCUGACGGCCCGGACCCACCACACAGGUGUCAUUCGCAAGCGUCUCUUCCCCGUGAAGCUCGAAGGCGCCCUGCCUGCCAGUGGCAUCAGCCCUGGUACCUUAGUGACGGUGACUGCAACAGGCCAGGCAGCGGGCAAGUUCAGGGCUGGCCAGGGACAUGUGGGACUGGCUUUGUUGCGGUCAGAGACAAUCAAGGGUCCUCUCCACAUCAAGACCUCUGAGAACCAAAUGGUGGCUGUGACUGCCGUGGUGCCGGACUGGUGGCCCACAGCUGCCAAAUAGCUGGGUGCUCUGGAGUGGAAGCCCCACUGGCCUCAGAGGUACCGGAUGCCUUUGAGCCUCUGCCUGACAUCUUCUGCUCUCUAUGCUGUGCCCUGUUGGGUUGAGUUCCUCCUCCUGUGGUGGCCUUCUGGAACACACCCAGUAGGAAAGUGUGUGUUCCAGGCUCUACAGAUUGGCUGAAGCCUCCUACAGAGGGCCUCCUCUGUGGACUGUCCUCUCAUGAGAAGUCUGACUGAGAGCAGAGUGACACCUGAUGCUGGCAGAGCGAAGGGUCUGAGCUCCCGUUUGACCAGAGAUUCUAAAAUGAGAUUUGAUACAGUCCGAAUGCCAGGUCUGGAGGCCUAUGUCGGGCGCCAAGUCCCUAACUUCGUUUUCCCUUGGAGGAAGGGACUCUGUGCCUGCAGAGGAGCUGGCCCAGGCUUUGUGUUCUUUUGAAACUCUUCUCAGGGCAGAUGUUGUAUAGGUUGUGUGCAGGGUUGGGAGGUGGGAUCCCUUGGAUUGGGAGGUGUGUUCUGUGAGUGACAGGGACUAUACGUCUACUGUCCCCAGAGUUCCUUUCGCUCCUCAGAGUGAGCUUCUGUCUUUUCAUAUUCCCCUGGAAGCUCUAGGAGAGGUGAAGCCCAGGGCUCAGGUCCAUCUUGGAGGGGCUUCCGCUCGGCUAACCCUUUUGCUGGUUUGGGAUAUCACUAUGCUUUUAGUAGGGAGUGACUUGCUGGCCAUUGUUGGGGUGCAUACCUCCCUCUGAACCACUGUUUUCUAACCUCUGUAAUGUGAACUGGGGGUCUCCCCACAAAGCCCAAGGACUAGUAAAGUGCGGUCUGCAAACA